UCCGUAAACAAAUCUAACGAUUUUUGAAUUAUUUUAUCUGAAAAGGAUACAUGUUGUAAUAAAAGUUUAAAAAUAAACUGUGAUCUUCAUCUAAUUAUAGAUGACUCUUGGACGAAAAUAUCAGAACUGUUCCGGGAAUGCGGGGGAUUCUCGUAAGGUGUAUAGCCAGUCGAAGGUCGGGACUCUGUCUGGGUGCUCCUCUUCUAUAUCUCUCUCCGAUAUGAUCGAGCCGCCGGACUACGAGGAGGUAUGCGACAGGCUGAUGGGUGAGCGGGACCCCCUCGCCUACCCCGCGAACGACAUAGAACUGCUCACCGUCCCCCGCCGCAUCCGGACCCUAACGCACGUGCUGCCCGAUGAAGAUCUGAGAAAAGCGCCCAUGUUCGUCCGUGACUGCAUCAGAUGUUACACAUCGGACUACACAGUAGUCGAAUACAAGUACCGCAUGUACUCUGGUUCGGCUAGCGGGCGAGAAAGGCUAGGCGAGCGGCUCGACAAGCUGCUCGCCGCGCCGCCCCACUACUACGAGAUAGAUGCGGAACAGUCCACGUCUAUGGAAGAGUUGGCCUCUCAGCAGUUCGAAUCACAACCAUCAAGCGGCCGUCAGUCGGUAGCGUCAAUAUCAUCGUCAUCGUCUUGCAAUGAGACCCUCACGCCACGCGGUUCGUGGGCCAGUCUGGACUUGCGCAGUUCUUCCUCAGAUCCUCUGUUACCUGAUGUGUUUGAGAAGAAACCUCCAGAACAAGUCGAUGCUAUCAAUGAAGCUAAAAGAUUAGAAAAUCGUCAGGCAGACCUCCUUGGGCUAUACGCACCAUAUCUCGACGAAGAAGAGGCUGUGGAAAGACGCCUUGCUGCCGAGAUGCCGUGUGAGAUGAUGGGACACAGGAUUAUGGUUGUGUGCCAUCAACUCAAAUUAGAAUUAGACAUCGAGCCACUGUUCGCCUCGAUGGCUCUCUACGAUGCCAAAGAGAAAAAGAAGCUAUCAGAGAACUUUUACUUCAACUUAAACUCUGAGUGUACAAAACAGAUGCUAUCUGGUCACUUACCUCAUGCGGACCUGUCGACCCUUAGCCGUAGUGCAGUGUUCGAUAUACUGAACCCUUCUCCGGAUAUAUUCCUGGUAGUCAGGGUCGAGAAGGUUCUUCAAGGGGACGUCAAUGAAUGUGUGGAGCCUUAUAUAAAGGAUGAUAAAAACCGGGAGAAGGUCCGUGCGAGCGCUAUGGCCGCGUGCGCUCGCCUGGGUAAAUACCGCAUGCCGCUGCGCUGGCGCAAGCAGUGGGUGCGCGGCGCGGCGCGCUCGCGGCCCGCCUCGCCCGCGCGCGCCGCGCCCGCGCUGGCCGCCGCGCUGGCGGCCGACGUGGCGCUGGCGCUGCUGCAGGCGCUGGAGCUGGUGGCGCAGUCAUGCAGCGGUCUGGAAUGGGGUCAGUCUGCAUGCAGCGGUGCUUUAGGCGUGUUGCUGAGAGCACUGCAGAGGAAUCAGAGUGCGGUCGUACUACAGCAUAUGUUUGCGUCUGUACGCUCUCUUAUACACAAGCUGGGCUGGUCGUGGUGCUCGGAGGAGGCGGGGCCGGGCACGUGCCGCGUGCUGCUGCGGCACUGCGCCGCGCUGGGCGCCGGCGCGCGCGCGCACGCCGCCGCCGCGCUCUACGCGCUCAUGCGGCACCACUACCACCUCGGCAACAACUUUAGCCGAGUUAAGAUGCAAGUGACCAUGUCGCUAUCAUCUCUAGUGGGAACUUCGACCACUUUUAGCGAAGAAUCUCUUCGACGCGCGCUCAAAACCGUGCUUAUGUAUGCAGAACACGACCAGGACUUACAAGAUACCAAUUUUCCUGAACAGGUGAAAGACCUCGUGUUCAACUUGCACAUGAUCUUAAGCGACACGGUGAAGAUGAAGGAGUUCCAAGAGGAUCCCGAGAUGCUGCUGGACCUCAUGCACCGCAUCGCGCGCGGUUACCAGCACAGCCCCGAUCUGCGGCUCACGUGGCUCAGUAACAUGGCUCAAAAGCACAUGGAGCGUUCCAACCACCUGGAAGCCGGCAUGUGCCUCGUGCAUGGCGCGGCGCUGGUGGCCGAGCAGCUGCGCGCGCGUGGGCGGGGCGCCGCGCUGCUGGCGCGCGUCACGCACAACGCGCUGGACGAGAGCUGCGCCGACCCGCUGCACCACCACCUCACGGCGCACGAGCUGCAGGCGCUACUGGAACACGCAGCCAGUGAGCUGAUGACGGCCGGCAUGUACGAGACCGUGAACGAGGUGUACAAGGUGCUCAUACCCAUCGCUGAGGAGAGCCGCGACUAUAAGAAGCUGGCUAACAUUCACGGUAAACUGAACGAAGCGUUUACCCGCAUCGAGCAACUACACGGCAAGCGCGUGUUUGGCACGUACUUCCGCGUGUCGUUCUACGGGGCGCGCUUCGGAGACCUGGAUGGAGAGGAGUUCGUGUACAAGGAACACGCGCUCACUAAGUUGCCGGAGAUCUUCAGCAGGUUGGAGAACUUCUACGGCCAACGAUUCGGAGCAGAAAACGUUGUGAUAAUUAAAGAUUCAAACGUUGUGGACGUGAGCGCGCUGGAUCCAGACAAGGCGUACAUACAGAUAACGUAUGUGGAGCCGUACUUCGAGCCGCACGAGCUACGCACGAGACUCACGCACUACGAGCGCAACUACAACAUUAAGCGGUUCAUGUACGCAACCCCCUUCACUGCGGGCGGACGAGCCCACGGUGAGCUCGGGGAGCAGUGCAAGCGGAAAACUUUGCUGACUACCGCACACCACUUCCCUUAUGUGAAAACCCGGAUACAGGUAGUACAAAGAACGCAGAUAAUCCUUACGCCUAUAGAAGUAGCCAUUGAAGAUAUACAAAAAAAGAUAAAUGAAUUGGCAGCGGCAACAAGCCAAGAGCCUCCUGAUCCGAAAAUGCUUCAAAUGGUAUUACAGGGCUGUAUCGGAACCACCGUCAACCAGGGACCUUUAGAAUUGGCUCAGGUUUUCCUGGCUCCAGUCGUGGAAGGAACUCAGCCGGCAACGAGACUGACUAAUAAGCUAAGACUAGCAUUUAAAGACUUCUCAAAAAAAUGUCACGACGCCCUGAAAAAGAACAAAAACCUAAUAAGCAGCGAGCAGCGCGAGUACCAGCGCGAGCUGGAGCGCAACUUCGCGCGGUUCACGGAGCGCCUCGCGCCGCUCAUACACGCCACGCCCUCGCACGUGGCGCACCUCACAAAUGGUUUAAGCAAAGGUGAAUACAAAUAUCAAGCUUAGUCAGAAAAUAAUCAAGACUGGAUCAGUCAGAGAAUAAUUAUGACAAGGAAAGAGCGAGUCAAGACUUAAGACAAAUAAAAGAAAACUUAUUUUAUUAUAAUGCUUUAGUAGUGAUCAACACUUCUCUUCUCUUAUUUCUUCUUUUAUCAAUUUUGCAAUACAACGUGUAAUGUGUAGUUUAGCUAUAAGUUUUUUUUUUUACUUAUUCUGUGUGAUUUGAGUAUUCGAAUGUAUAAUAAUUUUAAAUUAUUAAAAUUUAUCUAAGUUAAUUUACUUCUCAAAUAUUUCAUGUGAUUUUAUCUAGUUUAUAAGCGAAUUUAACUCUGAAUUACAUGCACAAUAUACUAAAUGGAAAUGCCGGCACAAGAAUUUUGUUUUUCUAUAUAUUUAAUUAAGCUGCUACUGUUAAUAAUAUAAUAAUAAUAUAUUUAUUUCACAAACUUAGAACUAUAUUACAAUGAUAAUGUGGCAACAAUAUCAGAAGUAAUGAGAUAAGCAUCUGUAACCGAACUAGGCAUAGCCUGUAUUUCGACUAUCAGCACCAUUCCCUUCGAGUAAUUAUUGAUUAUACAAUAAUCGGUGCCAGGAAAUAUAUAUCUUAUACAUUAAUAUAUACAUUAGCUUUAAGUUUGUAAGAUGACAAGUACAUUAACUAAAUGCUAAUGAAUGGACUGCUGAGCUGAAUAAAAAAAUAAUAGGUCAGUCUUUAGAAAAGUAAAAAUCAUUAUUAUAUGAGUAGUAUUCACUAUUUUCACUUCCACUAUCAAAUAAUAUUUUUAUCUCAAAUGUCAACUCAAAUUAUAUAUUUAUAAGACUA